GAUCCAACUUCUGAGUUUUGAGCACCAUUAUUCUCCCUUACCCCAUAUCUCUCAACAUAGAACAGAAAACCCCACAAACCACAAAGAAUUCCCACGUCUCUGACACCCGCAAACAACUCUCAUUCUGCUCUUGGCUCUGCGUGUAGUUGCUACAGGAACGAUUACAUCACAGUCAAGGAAAAACCCUCUUUCCCAGCUCAGUUCUUGGGGGACUACGUUGGUGAUUACGCCAAUAUACCUCAGGAAGAAUCGGAAGGGCCACUUCCUUCUUCCUUUUGCCGAGACCAGAUUUCUGCAUAAUUCGUUACAAGACUUUCUGUAGCUAUAAAGCUUAGACACAUUAAGUUGAGGAGUUGUUGAACCAAACAUGUUCAGGCAAUCGCCAAGUAGGAAUCAGAGGUCCAAAGGGUUCAAGGUUAAACAUGUUCUCCAGAUAUGUCUAUUGAUUGCCGUUUGUAUCUGGUUGCUAUACCAAGCCAAACACACACAUGAUAAGAAGAAGGAAUUUGAGAGCACUGCAAAAAUAUCAGAGAAGGUAGAAAAUGGGCUAGAUAUCAUUAAACUCGGAAGAAAGGAUCUCCAUCCACGUGGGGAGGAAUCAGCUUCUGAGAAUCACAAACAAAAUGAUGAAGAAGAUGCCGAAGAAGAAAACAAGGCUGAAGAAGAAGAAGAUAAGAAGCCCGAAGUAGAAAACAAGGCAGAAGAAGAAGGGAGAGGGCGUGGAGAUGAUGAGAUAGAUGAACACGAUCAAGUGAGAGCAGAAGAGGAAGCUGAACGUGCAGCAGAUUCCAUUGAUGAUGAAGAAAAGGAGAGGGAAGAGAGAGAGAGUGAGAGGGAAGGGGCAAAUGAUAAUACUGUUUCAUCGGAGGAUCCGGAUCAUGAUAGAGAUAGGACUACUCAGGAGGCGCGAGAGGAACACUAUAAGGGUGAUGAUGCUUCCAGUGCUGUGGUCCGGGAUACCCAAGAAACUGAAAAUGGAUCUUCAGGUGGCUCGAAUGUGGAAGAGAAGCUGGAGAGUGCAGAAAAUGAAUCAGAGCAGGGAAAUAAAUCCCAAAAUAUAGAGGAAGUCACUGCCAAUCAGAAAGGUACCGAGGAGACCUUGGCUGAAGAGAAGGGUACACCCACUGAUUCAAGCCUAAAGACUGGAGAAGAUGAAAAAGCUAUUUCCUCUGUAAAUGCUACACCCACUGAAGAGAAAGGUACCGAGGAAACCUUGGAUAAAUCAGAGGAUGGUUCUACUUCUAAGUCGAUGAUAACAACAGAAUCCAACAAUCCAAAAGAGGUGAAUGAUAACUCGACAGCAGAUAGUGCCAAAAAUUCUACCUCAUCCCUACAGAGUGGAAUAGAAACCAUCACCAAUCCAAAUCAUUAUCAAAAUGCAUCAGAGGCCAGUGGAAGACCCACCGAAGGUGACAACAACUUGCAAACUGCUGUAUUGGAUCAGACCGAGAACCCCAAUGCAACAGACAGAGUGGAGAAAUCAGAGACCAGCGGAGAGCCAUCCGAAGAUUCUAGUAAUUCUAAUUCUGUUGUUUCAGAAGUGCAGGCUGCAGAAUCGAAUGUGACUGCUGGAGCAGAGGAUGGGUCAGCAUCUUUGACCACAAGUGCAAAUGCUGAGUCAGUUCAGAGCGAGAAAUCUGACACGGUGGAAAAGAGUGAUGGCUCAGCAUCUAUAACGACCGAUGAGAAUGAGAAUGCAAAUGCAGCUGAACAUGAAGCCACAAGUGCGAAUGCUGAAUCUAUUCAGAGCAGGAAAUCAGACACAACUACUGAAACAGAGGAAAAGAGUGAUGGGUCGGCAUCGAUAACAUCCAAUGAGAAUGAGAAUGCAAAUGAAGCUGAACAUGAUGCCUCAAGUGCGAAUGCUGAAUCAGUUCAGAGUGAGAAAUCUGACACAGCUACUGGAACAGAGGAAAAGAAUGAUGGCUCGACAAAUGAGAAUGAGAAUGAGAAUGAGAAUGCAAAUGCAGCUGAACAUGAUGCUACCGAUUCUUCCGACUCAUCCAUCCUGCAAGAAGUGAAAGAAGCUCGGACGGAUCUAGGAACCUUGCCAGAGACUCAAACUGAAGGGACAAAUCAUGAUGAUGUGGCAACAGAGUAACACUAACAAUAGUAGCCCUUUUAGGCUUUUCCUUUUCCUCAAGUGUAUGAGAGAGCAAAUGUUUAAGUUUCUUUCUUGGAACAUCAUUGUUUCAGAAGGAUGGUCACGUUGAGUUGUCAAGAUUGUAAUUUAUAGUUCAUUAAGGUGGCCUGAAAUCAUUAUUACUGAAUGCCCAUGGUUUAUCUUACUGCUGCA